GAACACGCAAAGAAAAGCAAGAUACUGCAUGUUUAUCAUAACUUUAAAUAUGAUAGAGUAUUGCUGUCUUAUGUAAUCAAUUGUAUUGUUAUACAAUUUUUGGUGGUUAAGAAUUGAAUAGUUCUCAAGUAUAACAUAAAAAAUGCCAACAGCUCAAACUGACCCGGAGGACAAUCCAGCAUCAUCAAAUUCAUGCUGCGGCACUCUUCCAUUUCCAGAACUGAGACAGCCAGUAGUGGUAGGGGAUUCGGCAUCCAUCGCCACCUCCACCAACGUUUUCUGGUCAUGGCCCGUCCUCGGGCCGCUUCUCGUUGAAAAUGAAAGUUCCGACGCACGCGAUCACUGCGCAAACGAACGAACCUUCCUCUCCUACCUCCGGCUCUCCGUCUACAUGGCUGUUGUCGCUAUAGCCAUUGUAUUAUCCUUUCAUCUCAAGACGCAGCCCUCUGAUCUGGAAUUGCGCAUGGCCCAGCCUCUUGGCAUUAUCUUCUGGCUACUAUCUCUAUCCUGUUUAGUGCUUGGAUUCGGCAACUAUAUAAAAACUUUGGAUAAGUAUAGUAGAAAAGUGGCUAUAGUUCAGACGGGCUGGAGAACACAAUCGGUCAUGUCGCUUAUAGCAUUAUCCAUCGUUGGUACAUGCGUGAUUCUACUGGUAAUAGAGAAAAUGCAAGCCGAUGAAUGAUCACAAUAUUUUCGAUUUCAACGUCGCGCUCACGAAGCUGAUUUGGACGUCAUAAUAUGUACAUGGUCUCAUUCAAUAAAUUUGAUGAUAUAUAUACGACGUAUCCCG